AUGGAACUCAAUGAAUACACCCAAUGGUUUAUUGCUCUCUCGGUGCUUUGCCCGAUCAUCACCUAUGGAUUUCACAUCACCUCACCAUCUAAAGGCUUAAAUGCAAAUGUCGAGGCACAUACAAACAUUUCUCGAGAAUUCUCUUCUUUUCGGUUCAAUUACUUGUUUGUAUAUUUCCUUAUAACAGCUGGAGACUGGUUACAGGGACCAUAUUUAUACGCCUUAUACAAAUCGUAUGAAUUUUCUCUAACACAGAUUGCAACGCUCUACGUCACUGGAUUCGUGUCAAGUGGACUUAUAGGAACAUUCAUUGGAUCGGCUGCCGACAAGUUUGGAAGGAAAAAGUUUUGUCUACUCUUUUGUAUUCUAUACUCCAUUACAGGAAUAAUUGUACUGUCUAAUAAUUAUUUUGUACUUUUAGUUGGAAGGGUUUUGGGUGGAAUCAGCACGUCUUUGCUGUUCUCCGUAUUUGAAUCAUGGAUGGUUAGUCAACAUCUGUCGAAGGGAUAUCCGCAACAUCUUCUCUCUUCAACGUUUUCAACGGCAACAUUCGGGAAUGGUCUAAUUGCAAUACUUGUUGGCAUGGUUGCCAAUGGGUUGGUAGAACUAUACGGAUACCCUGCCCCAUUCUUGGCCGGAAUAAUACCAUUCAGCAUUGCUGCAAUUAUCAUUAGCACAACAUGGACGGAAAACUAUGGUGUUAAAGUAAAUGAUGGUGAUGAAGGAAAUGUAUCGGUAUAUGCGGCUAUGGGAUUGAUCCUGUCUAAUUCCAAAAUAACGGCCGUUGGAGCCAUUCAGACUCUCUUCGAGGCAUCAAUGUAUACAUUUGUAUUUUUCUGGGGUCCAGCACUGGAGCAACGAAAUAUUGACAUUGAGCACGAAAUACCCUUUGGAGUUAUCUUCUCCAGUUUUAUGGUCUGCAUCAUGAUAGGCUCUCAACUGUUCAAGAUGUUUCAUGAUAACUGGAAAAGAGACAUAAAAAGUAUUACAAAUACUCUAUUAUUAACAUCUACUAUAGCCAUGGCAAUUGCCGUGUUUACAAAGACUAGCACAGGGUUACUCAAGGGCUUUUACAUAUUUGAAGUAUGUUGCGGAUGCUACUUCCCGCUGAUCUCGACUCUUAGAGCCAACGUUAUUCCGGAAAGGCUAAGAGCGACUAUCAUCAAUAUAUUCAGACUUCCAAUGAAUGCUAUUGUAGUUUUACUUCUGAUCUCAAAUUUCUCUAUAUCGACUCAAUGCGGUCUGUGUUGCCUAUUAUUGUGUAUUGGAUACUUAUGGGCUCACGUAGCGCUAUAG